UGCAGAAGCGGUUUGAGAUUGCUAGAGUCGAGGUAAAGCAAUUGCCAGGAAUAGACUACAAUAAAGAAGAGCAACUUCAAAGGUUGGAACUGCUACGGAACCAGCUUAAAUUAAAACAACAGCUUAUCCGUAAAUAUAAAGAUACCACGCUUUAAAAUAACAGUAAAAUAUAAGGUGGAACUAAUAUAAAUGCAAAAUGGUAUUUCGAUUCUUGCUACGGUAUUUGGCUAACAAUGAACAGCUAAUACAGCGCAUGGCUGAAAGUUAUCCCAUGCGGCGCGCUGCUCAAAUGGUUGUAUCCAUCAUGUAUCGUACAAAGAAUAUUGCUCAGGAGCGUGGUUUACAUGAGAUGACGCCCCAGCGCUUUAAAUCUUUUAUGGCUCUUUUUAAAAAUAACAUCAAGAAAGAAAUAGAAGGACUAAAGGAUGAAAUAAAGAAAAAACCUUUUUGAAAAGAUUAUUUUGUUGGAUAAUAAAUAUUAAUCUGUAUGAUAAAAACUGUAAAAUAUGAAAUAAGUAUAAUAAGCAGGCCCA